CCCUGAAGGCGGUUGCUGGCCUGGAGAGGCGCGCCCCAGCCCUGCGGGGAUGGACCGGACCGAGCUGCUGAAGCCGCGGACCCUGGCCGAUCUCAUCCGCAUCCUGCAUGAGCUCUUCGCGGGUGACGAGGUCAACGUGGAGGAGGUGCAGGCUGUGCUGGAAGCCUACGAGAGCAAUCCGGCCGAGUGGGCUUUGUACGCCAAAUUCGACCAGUACAGGUAUACUCGAAAUCUUGUGGAUCAAGGAAACGGGAAGUUUAAUCUGAUGAUUCUGUGCUGGGGUGAAGGUCAUGGCAGCAGUAUUCACGACCACACGGACUCCCACUGCUUUUUGAAGAUGCUGCAGGGAAAUCUGAAGGAGACACUGUUUGACUGGCCUGACAAAAAAUCCAAUGAGAUGAUCAAGAAGUCUGAAAGGACCCUGAGGGAAAACCAGUGUGCCUACAUUAAUGACUCUAUUGGAUUACACCGAGUAGAGAACGUGAGCCACACAGAGCCUGCUGUGAGCCUUCACUUGUACAGUCCACCUUUCGACACGUGCCACGCCUUCGAUCAAAGAACAGGGCAUAAAAACAAAGUCACCAUGACAUUCCACAGCAAAUUUGGAAUCAGGACUCCAUUUCCGAUGUCAGGCUCACUGGAGAACAACUAAGGCAAACCAAGCCCUUCGAAGUUUUGCCUCCGGGUCCCCUGAAUGUUUACCUUGGACAGAGAGGCCACCCACCGUUUGCUGUCCAGUUACAGAGUUAAAUAAGCACAGUCCUGCUGCAAAGUGGGUGUGCUAAGGAAGCAAAUAGUAUCCUGAGCUAUGCAGGAGGAAAUUUCCACUAAAGAAAAAGUCAAUUGAUUUCUAAUGGCCAAAUCAUAUUGUUCCACGUUCUUCUGUCCAAUGAUUUCAUGGAAACUCUAGGCAGGGU